AUGUCUCCCUCCACAGCAUACUCGUCCACGCCACCCAAAAUCACCCCCGCCUCGCGCGAGGGCGACGCCAACUACAAGGCGCCCAUCUUCCCCAUCGGCCCCUUCACCAAGUACCAGCACAACCCGCUCCUCGUGCCCAACCCCAGCAACGAGUUCGAGUCGGGCUACAUCUACAACGCCGCCGCCAUCGUCCUCGACGACACCGUCUUCCUCCUCUACCGCGCGCAGAACCCCCAGCUCAAGUCGAGCGUCGGCCUCGCCUGGUCCACCGAUGGCUUCAACUUCACCCGCCUCGACCGGCCCGUGCUCGAGGCCAGCGAGCCCUGGAAGGCCGGCGGCGGCGUCGAGGACCCCCGCAUCGCCCGCUUCGACGGCGUCUUCUACAUGACCUACACGUCCUGGGACUUCAAGACCCCCCGCCUGUGCCUCGCCACCUCCACGGACCUGGUGCACUGGGAGAAGCGCCCGCCCCUGUUCCCGGACAUGAAGGACGUCGAGAGAAACUGCGACGGGCGCACCCUCUUCCGCGAGGGCCAUUCCAAGUCGGGUGCCAUCUUCCCCGAGAAGAACGCCGAGGGCCGCUACGUCAUGAUCUUUGGCGACUCGUACCUCUACCUCGCCGAGAGCGACGACCUGCUCAACUGGACUGCCAAGCCCUUCAGCGAGCACUUUGCAGAGUCCGUCCUCCCGUGGGAGAGCCGCCUGCUCGAGCCCGGCCCAGCCCCUGUCAAGACCCGCGACGGCAAGUGGAUUCUCGUCUACAAUGCCGCCACCCUUGGAACGGCGCGCUACCGCAACAACCAGUAUUCCAUCAGCCAGAUGCUCAUCGACUACCAGCAUCUGGAAAAUGGUCCGGUCGCGCGCCUGGAUCAGCCGUCGGUGGUGGUGUCGGCUCAAAACGAGCGCGAGGGCCUGGUAAACGAGGUUGUUUUCACCGAGGGCAUGGUGCAGUUCAAGGGGCAGUGGUUCAUGUACUUUGGGCAGGCGGACAGCGAGCUGGGUGUAGCAACAGCGCCCGUAAACUGA